AGCAGUGCAGGGUGUGCCAUAUUCAAACAUGCGUACAGUGUUAGUGCUCGCAGCCUUCUUGGCAGCAGCGGUGGCGUUGCCGACUGAAAUACCGGAGCCCGGUCAGCUGGCUCUGGUUCUCGGCGAAGAAGACUUUGAAGAUUAUCUCGAUGCUUGGCUGGAGCUUGAACAAUCCAAGUCCGCCAAUGCAUCUACCGCCAACGCUGAUGCCAGGAGUGGUUGUACCAUCAGAAUAAACGGAGACCUAGGUCAGCCUCAGCCAGUAUACCUCCGUGGUGGAAACAGGUACAUGGCUGCUGAUGGCAACUCAGGUCAAGUCCGUCUCAACACUGGUGAACAAGUCGUCAUCGCUUGCACUGGCUCCGGAAGAACUAUAUUGCACCCAAACAUCGCCGCCUCCAGGGACGUUGCUACUGCAACGUGUGUAAACAACAACCUCGUCUCCGGUGCCGGUUGGUUGAAUGGAAACGGAGCCUUUGGUCAGCUCACAUGCUCCGCUCACGCUUUCCAUGAGGCUCAAGCAACUUCCACUCGCUGCUGGAACAACAAUAUUGUUAUUCGUGUUGGUUUCAUCGUCAACAAUGUCUUCUACCCGCUUUACUGGUCUUGCUUCGACCAAAACCGCCUGGAAGUUAUUUACGUUUGGUACGAUCAGACUCCUGAAAAUGCAGUUCACCAAACCGGCGUCGACAGACCCAGUUGGUUAGCUGGCAGUUUCUUCCCUGGUGUGGCCGUUAACACCAUGUACACUCAAGUGAACCAGAAAGCUGUCGUCACCCAAUAUGUCGGAGCCGCCUUAGCUGACAAAUACAUCACCAGCCACCAGUUCAUGGCUCGUGGUCAUCUUGCUGCUAAGAGUGACUACGUCUUCGCUACUGGUCAAAGAGCUACUUUUUACUUCAUCAACGCUGCUCCUCAGUGGCAGCCGUUCAAUGCUGGUAACUGGAACUGGCUGGAGCAGAACCUCCGCGCUCGUAUCGGUGCUGCUGGCUAUAACACUGUCAUCUACACUGGUACUUUCGGAAUUUCCCAACUGCGUGAUCAAAACAACCGUCUUGUCGACAUCUACUUGGUUCCAGAACGUAACCAGAUCCCAGUACCUUUAUACUACUACAAGGUUGUAUACGAUGCUGGCCGUCGUCUCGGCACAGCAUUCGUGAGCAUCAACAACCCUCACUACUCGGAGUCUGAGGUGCGUGCUCUGACCUUCUGCACGGAUCGUUGCCGUAACAACAGCGCGUUCAGCUGGCUCAACUGGCAGCCUGACCGCAUUGACAUUGGAUACAGCUUCUGCUGUACCGUCGAUGACUUCAGAAGAACUGUUCCCCACCUUCCCGCCUUCACAACUAAUGGACUCCUUGCUUAAGCAUAAGAUAUUAUUUGUCUACCUGUAAAACUGUACAAAUGACUCAAAACACGUAAAAAUAUUAUUGUAAAUAAAUU